AUGGUGAAGUGCAACUCCUGUGAUAGUGAUAUAAAGCAAAAGGAUAGCGUAUUAUCGUGUUCAAGACCCACAUGCAAGCUUCAAUAUCACCUCGCUUGUGUUCCCAAUAAGCAAGGUAAUUCAUCAUCAACUUGGGUAUGUCCAGCAUGUAAGAUCAAACAGACUCGUCGUGGAGAUAACUCUGAUACACCAGUAAAGACCACAUGUAGCGAAGAAGAGUUUGUUAACACCAAAAGCCGUUCACGUAACCCACCAGCGGUCAGCGGCAGUGGCUCUGUUGACGAUGAAAAGCCAUACGACAUUCUAGGAACAAUCAGAACAGAACUGGAACAAGUAUUUCGCCGUGAGUUGCCUAACUUCCUCGCUAAAGUUACGGAUUCGGUGUCAAAAGCAUUGGAGAGUAAAUUCUUAGAACUAGAAAAAACCGUCAGGACAGUAAGCGACUUAUAUGACGGUAUUAAAACUACGGUUGAAAAAAGCACAUCUUCUGUUAAAAAAUUACAGACUGAAAAUAAAAGCCUUAAUGAUCAGAUUAAAAUGCUUCAAACCAAGUUAAAUAAUAUGGAAGAGGCAUCAUUAAGACAGGAACAAUGGUCAAGACUUCAAAAUAUUGAGAUAGUUGGUGUCCCAGAGGCUAAAGACGAGUCCUUGCCAGAUAUCUUGAAUAAAAUAGUCAAACAUCUUAAUGUGCCCCUCGAUCCUCAUGAAAUGGAUUUCAUUCAUCGUAUUCAAGCAAAGAGGCAGGUCAAGGGACAACCACGAAGCUUAGUGAUUCGCUUUCAAAACCGCAACAAAAGGGAUGCAAUAUUGUCAGCUGCUCGCAAAUGUGGAGGAAUCACGUCCAGGGAUAUUGGAAUGCAAGGUGAACUUAAAAAUAUUUAUAUUAACGAACACUUAACAAUACAUAAUAAACAACUGUUGUCAAGCUGUAAAAAAACAGCUAAAACUAACAACUACAAAUUCGUUUGGACAAAAAACUGCCGUAUAUAUACAAGGAAAGCCGAAAAUUCACCGUAUUUGCUAAUAUCUUGCGAAGACGACCUGAAGAAGAUUAUAUAG